CUCAAAGCCGACGGAUGUGCCGUUUUUGCGAGGUUCGCUAGCGCAGCAAACAGCACACGAAACAGCCACGGCGCCGCCGCCUUACCCAUCGCUUUUGCUCGGCUUUGCAUCCUUUUUAUUACCGUGCGGCUGGCCAAAAACCAGUUCGCCAGUGAAAGCAACCCCUCGCCGCUUCGCCGCCCUGCCCGCAUUCUUCUUCGCACAUUCCGGCGUGCUCCCGCGCGUAAAGCGCACUCCAGAGCGCGGUCGUCACCGUCAGUCGUUCGGUGUCCAUUCACGAAUUCGGUCGCAAAGCCGGCAACAAACAAGCAAAGCCUGCCAAGUCUCGCAUAGACUGCAAGAGAAGGCUUCUAGUGCAAAUACAUUACGUGCAAACAUUUUCGCGUUAUAUAUCGUGCGUGCUGCUGUGUUCUUAGUGUAGCCUUAUCCAGCAAGUGUGAACAGUGGUGAAAGAUGUGCAAAACGAGCGUCGUGAACGAAUUAUGAGAACAAACCACUAGCCCGGGCGAAGCGUUUAAAGCAGCAGUGCUGAUAUUAAACACGAAUUUUCAGUGAUUUUGUGUCGUUAUUGUUGAUAGCUCGAAUGAGCCUAGUUCUUUGCAAACAUUUUAAACGAGCGUGACUUCUUCCGCAAGUGACUGGCCCUGGUGCGCAAGUGACCUCGUAAGCAUUAAGGGUUGGGUUGGAACCCUUCCUUCGGUGGCAUACAAGUGUCAGCGACUUGUAGUGUGGUGAAAAACACCAUUUCAGUGUAUUUUUGUGAGUGUUUGUGUGGAAUUACACUUCCAACAUUCGGUGAUAGCGGUGAUAGAACAACACCUGAGCAACCUCUCCACUGCGGGAAGCGCAACUGAACCCUGCUGCCAACCGCUUGCCACGGAAACAUACACCGGCAACGGAGCAACUACGGACCUAGCAAGUGACAAGGCAGUAAUGGCUUUGUCGCUUCUGCAGGACGCUCAAACAGCAAGAGGAUUAGACGCCGUCCGUACGUUGCAAGGUAUGAACCGUGACGAGGAGCGCAGCCUGUCGGUAUCGCCGCCGCUCACCGGCCAGCGCCAGCAGCACCAUCUCGCCAUGAGCUUCCAGCACACGCCCUCCCUGUACGGUGGGUUCCACCCGGCGACCGCCUCCGCCAUGGGCAUGCUCGCGCCCCAGCUGCUCGCCGCCAACCAGACGGCCGCCGCCCUAAUGGCCGCCGGUCUGCCCAUGUCCCUGCGGGCAUCGCUCGCCACCGGCCUGUUCCCCCCGCAUGCCGCCCUGUUCGGUGCGUGGGCACCACCGACGCCGACCAGCAACAACAGCAGCCCACCGCCGCCCCAGAGCCCGAUCUCGCCCGCCCUCAGCCACAAGAGCUCCAAAUCCCUCAAGCUGAGUGUCGCCGCCGCCAACAACAACAACAACAACAGCAGCAGCACAAACAACAAUCACAUCGUGUCCACCACCUCGGAGAUUGUGCCGCAGACGAAGAAGCUGACCAAGCGCAAGCACCAGGCCUCGUUGCGCAAGGAAUUGUCUGCGGCGGCGACCCAACACCACCAGCACCAACACCAUCACCACCAUCUGCAGCAUCUGAUGCGGUCGCCGAGCCAUUCGCACCACCUCUCGAUGCCGGUCGACAUCCCGGUCAGCCCCGGGCCGAUCUCGCCCCCGACCUCCGGCUCGUCCCCGCAGUCGAACGGGAGCGUCGAGCUGCCGGCGACGAUCACCACCACGACCGGGGCGGCCGGUGCCGCCGCCGGCAUCAACAACUCCUCCUCCUCCACCUCCUGCUCGUCGGUGGCGUCGCGGGAUCCGUCGCGCGACAAGGUGUUCACCUGCAAGAUCUGCAGCCGCUCGUUCGGCUACAAGCACGUGCUGCAGAACCACGAGCGGACGCACACGGGCGAAAAGCCGUUCGAGUGCCCGGAGUGCCACAAGCGGUUCACGCGCGACCACCAUCUCAAGACGCACAUGCGGCUGCACACGGGCGAAAAGCCGUACUCGUGCACGCACUGCGACCGGCAGUUCGUGCAGGUGGCGAACCUGCGCCGGCAUCUGCGGGUGCACACCGGCGAGAAGCCGUACGAGUGCGAGAUGUGCGACCAGAAGUUCAGCGACUCGAACCAGCUGAAGGCGCACAUGCUCAGCCACAGCGGCCAGAAACCGUUCCACUGUGAUAGGUGCAACUCGAGCUACCGGCGGCGGCACCAUCUGCUGCACCACAAGUGCGGCCUGCCGAGCCCGCCGACGCCCGCGGUCAGCCCGGCGGCGAGCGGCGACCAGCUGUCCGAUCACGCCAAGUCCGUGUGCGGCGGGUCCGAAUCGAGCGACCUGUCGCUCGACCGGCUGACGAAGAUACCGACCCCGCCCGGCAUGCUGCUGCACCAAAAGUUCCCCGGCCUAACGCUGCCGCUCAGCUUCGGCCCGCUGCCGGCGGGCGAUGGGGCGAAGGCGGACGCGGCCUCGGCGAUGGAUCUGCGCGCCACCAGCCGGUCCCGCACGCCGCAGCAGAUCGUGCACAUCAAGAGCGAGCUGCCGGAGCAGACGGAACCGGAAGAUCUGAGCAUGCAUUCGCCCCGCUCGCCCGUCUCGAUGGAGGAGCUGGACGAGCUGGACGAUGCGGCGACACUCUACCUCAAGCAGCGCCAGCAGCUGCUGCAGCAGCAGAACGGCAACGCCACCGGAUGGAGCUGUAAGGCGGAGCACAGCAGGGAAGCAUAACCAAAAAAACAAAACAAAACGUAAAACACUAUCCUCACACACACACACAUACAAACACACACCUCAAGAUGCCAAUCUAUUAACUAAACUAAAGAGUUACUAUUAAGAAGAGUCACACACUUACGCGUGUUGGAGUACGAUGAUACGCACGGUUAUUAUUAGGAGAAUUUAUCAAAAAAAUACACACACACACAUACACAUCUUAGAGAAGAAUAUGUGUGUUUUGCAUAGAGAGAGAGAGAGGAAGAAAGAGAGAUAGGAAGAGAGAGAGAAAAGGGGGCGAAAGGACUUCUUCCUGAAACUGAACCACUUCUCGAAGUUGUAUAUAAUAUAUCAAUGUAUGAGCCUUUGAAAUCUCGAUGUACAAAGUAAUUUUAACACGUUAUCCUUUCACUGUUCUUUUCACACAUCCUCCCUUUCACAUCUCUCUUUAUCUCUCUCACUUUCUCGCUUGCUCAAAGGAUUUUACAACAAUUAAAAAAAAACAAAGAACAUCCCAAAUCAAGUCAAACACACUCCAAAAACGUUGCAAAGGGGAAGCUUGAAGCAAAUCUAAUACGCUCUUAACUUAAGCGGACACACUUUUUGGUUAAUUUUUUGCUAACAAUAUACAUACACAUAUACACCCAAGAGAAGAAAAAAGAAACGCACACACACACACACACACUCAUACGCAUUGCUCAUUAGUUUCGUUUCGGUCAAGCCGGACCGCAGUGGCGCUUGCCCCGCCGUGAAAAUGGGGAAACCGGGGCACAGCGCCACUGUACAGGUCGUUUGCGGUUUGCUUUUGGUAUAAAAAGUUCCUCCUCAAUAGUUCGCGAUAAAGUAAAAGAAAAAGAAAAGUGAAGCAAAACAAAAAAAAACAAAGUAAAAAAAAUCAAAACAAAGUGUAAGGAUAAUACAAAACGAAUGGAAGGAAACUCCCCAUUUAACACAUCACAACAAAAUUGGUUCCAUAAUCACAUUUUUUUGAUAAAAACGAACGCCAUCCGCUAAAACUGGUGUGGCAGGGAGUCGAAGAAGAUCGCGAGGAUCGAUCUGGGAUCGUUUUCGUUGUUGGGUUUGGAUUGAAUGGAUUGAAUGAAGGGAAUUGGACAAAAAACAAAACUCUCAAAACAGCAAACGCGGUUUGCACAGUUGUGCCAAAAGUCCACCUUUUUUUCGCCAAUUUGUGGGAACGGGAAAAUUAGGAAAAUUGCAACAAAAAAACACACACACACGCAAACGCAAGGUAGCAAACAAAAAUCAAAAUUCGUUUUUAAGUUUUAGUUAUAGCUUCUAAUUUUGUACGGGGAGGGGAGUUUGACGGGUAACGCUUAAGUUGCGACUGGCGCAGUGUUAAGAGGCAAAAGGUCUUUUUAGUUCCGUAAGUAGGAGGGGUGUAUUUUUUUUUUAGUUAUUUUUCGUUUGUAGUAAGGUCGUGUUUUUGGCUGAACUCCAGCAAACAACAAAUGGUGCGGUUAUCUAUUAAUAUUAUUUUUCUUUAUUUUGAAAAUAAAACAUAUUUAAACGCUUUUUCAUGCAAAACAACAACGAAAAAAUACAUGAAAUUGCGCCAACACUGAAAACGUGAAAACAUGAAACUACUUUUGUGUUUGUUUUUUUUAUUAAUUUCUUUUUUUUUAAUUUUAGUAUUUAGGUGUGCAAAAAAGUCUCUUCAGUUCGUUGUUCGUUUGGGUCGUAUUUUUAUCAUUUGUACACAACUCACACCUCGCUUCGAAAGGGCUCAACAGUUGUCUUCGAUUGUGUUCACCUUCGUUCUGUUUCUUCCCCCUCACCAGAAUUUAAAAAAAAGUAAACCCACUUCUUUCCACCUCAUCAACUGCCACCCGAGCAGGGAAGGAAAAGCCUACAAGUGUAACAUGAUGCUCAACUUCCUAACCUUCCUAAAUUCCACUGCCAGCCGGGACGCUCUCCUUCCCGUGACAGGCAAAAAAAGGGUUUCCUGCACGGUGUUAGAAAAGCCCAUAAAUUCCUCACACCCGAUGGUGGGAGAUUGUGGGUCGAUUAGGGAGACAUGUUUUACAUACACACACCCCGCUUGACCUAACCGUGUUUCCUUCCCCCAGGGGGAUUUUCCGGCGGCAAAAGCGUUCGAGUGGAGCUCUGAGGGACUGUCCGGAGGUUUCGAGAUCCCUUUCAGUGUGUGUAGUGAUUUUCAUUCAAUAAAAUAACAAUUUGCUGUGGAUUUGCCGCCCGUCGGUCCGAUUGCCGGACGUUCGGACAAGCGUAGCCAAAAGAAGAAAAAAAAGGGACUCACAAAGGGUUGUUUUUUGGUCAGUGCAAAUAUGUUAACCCCUCGUACUGGAUGAAAAGGGUUUAUUGUGAUGAUUUCUUGAUAAGGGUGUGAAUUAGGAAGGCAGCACCCGAAAAGGCGUAAUUUACACCACGCGUUUUUUGUGUUUAUGUGAGCCUCAGGAAGACAGAAGACUGACAUUUUUGGGGAAGGAUUGAAUGCAAUUAAAGCAUGAUCCUGGAAGUUCAUGUCUUCACAGGGAUAGCAAUUGAUCCUAUUAAUAGGUCGAUAGGUGGAAGAAACAUGUUGAUAAAGGUUAAUAAUGGCUCUGAUUGAUUUGUUUCCUUUCUCUCUCUCUCUCUCUCUCUCUCUCUCUCUCUCUCUCUCUCUCUCUCUCUCUCUCUCUCUCUCUCUCUUUACUGCUCCUCUCUUUGUAAAGUUUCCAUCCUAAAGGCCCAAUAUGCAUUCGGAAGAAACACUGAUUUCCCAUUUCAGGGACAUGAGGCAGUUCCUUGAACAUUGUAGCAGAAUGAGUGUCUGCAACACAGACAACAGCGUUUGCAAAAUCGUUCACCAACCAAGGCCAAUCAUCCCAAACUGUUCGACCAAUCGACCAAACCGCUCCGGGGGCGAGCGGUUUUAUUUGCAAACCUGGCCCAAAACCCCUAGCCCUAGUGCAGUCCUCCCUCUGUGAGUCACUCCGCAUCGCUCCAAUUGUGUGGCCAUAAAUAUCGACAAAAUAAACCAUAAAGCAAUCCACUGCGUCUCGCCCGCAUCACAAUGCCCCGGGUUGGCACAAACGUUUUUACAAUCUCCCGAGAGAAGAUGCAAAGGGCCCCUUUGUCCUUGAGUUCCUUUUUCUUUCUUGUUUCUUUCGUCGUUGUGUGUUGCUGCCAUUUGCUUCUCAUCUGGUGGUGUAAAUAAUUACAUGCAUUUAAACUGGACCAAAGACACACGGCCAAAGACAGAGCAUGCACAGAUUUGGUAGGACAUUUGGUUGGUACGAGCAGUUUGCUGCUGGUGUCGUUGUGUGCUGUCAUGCUGCAAUACUGGACACAAUCCGGGGGUUUUCGUGGCAGGUAACGUAAGGCCUAAAACGGUCUACAGAUCCUGCUGAGAAAAGUUGAGUAGGAAAAAUGAGUCCCUGAAACACACACGCACACAACAGUUAUGCUUUCUUCAAUUCAAUCCAUCAAACGUAACCUAACUUUUCAAAGAGAAAAACAAAAAACAGUUCAAAGGGGAAUAUCGCUCAGCUGUAAAUAGUUAAGCCAAAUUUUAAAUUCCCUUUACAAAUAUGUGUCAGUGGUCAACAAAAUAGUCAAAAUACACACACACACACACCCACAAAUCAGACACACAUUAAACAUGAUGGUACAAUUUAAAUGCUCGAUGUUUGGUAGAGUUCCACCAGUGGAAUCCGACUAUAUAAUUGUUAAUGUUUAAUAGCGCGUGGAUGGGCAAGGUAAUGCCGCACACGCGCACAACUAGAUAAUGUAAUAAGGUAAUAAGGCCAAAUAAAUGAAACCUGUGUCCCUCCUAAUGAGCAGUCACUUAAAGAUGAUUCGAAUGAACGGGAAGGUGCAUGUUAGUAUAUAUAAACAAAAGGUGCAAUGUUCUAACCCACUUCUGUUGCUGUUUCAUUUAUUUAGAAUCAAAAUUUAGCAUAAGCUCUUCCUUUUUCUUUUAAACCAAUUAGGCGAAGAAGCUAUCAAUUAGUUGAAAUCCCAAAAGAAAACAAAAAAUUAGAUAUAUUUAACAAUUAUAAAUAAAUGUACAAUAAACCAUCCAAACAAAAGAUAACAACCUUUAUCGUAGCACAAAAACAAAAACAAAACAGAAGAAACAAAAGGAGCCGAUUGCAAAAAGUGUUCCAAUACAUUUAUAAAUGUGUACCCCGUCGUGUAAGAUUAGAUGUUGGUUAGCGAUAUUCUUGAAAAGAUGAAAGUGUACGAAACUGUUACAAACAUUGUCGUUGUCGGAACAGAAGCAUCAGAUAAUAGAAAACAUACACAGAUGAUGCACCAACAAAAAUGGAAUGCAAAAGAAGAUUUGACAUAGGAAAACUCCUACGACCAUAGUACAAAUUUUUGCUCUAGAAAAAGAAACAAAAACAAUUCUUGAUAAACCCCCCUAAACAGUGUUUAAUGUGUAAGCCAAUUUAAAAGUACACUAAACCUUUACGAACUUAUGCAAAACUCAAAAUGAAGAAAUUGUAACUACCUCAAGAAAAACCAGCACUGCAGGAAAAAAAUGGGAAUAACAGGAAUAAAACACACGUAAACACACA